AUGGACCCCGCGUGGGAACAUGAUCUGCGCGGCAUCCUGGACGAGGGCACGGUCGCGCAGCUGAAGCGCGAGCUGGCGGCGGCAGACGACAGCGACGACAUCGUGGAGGGGACCGACCUCUUCGGCGAGGAGGAGCCGCACGCUGCGGAAGGGUUGGGCAUCGGCGCCCUGAUCGCCGCGGCGCCCGCACUCGCCGGCCGCGUUGGGCCGACGUGCCCCGGCCGUACCGCUCUCCCUCCUGGUUCCGGGUCUUCGAGGUCGGCGGCCUCGCCCUGCCCGUCGUGCUCGGCGCCUCCGCCAGCGGCCACGGCGACGUCGUGUGGGCGCCGGCCCAGCAUUGCGCCGAGAUGGUCGCCAGCGGGGCCGCGGGAGCGCUCGUGGGCGGGCGCCUCGCGGGGCGCCGGGUCCUCGAGCCGAUCGGCGCGGGCGUGGGGCUGCCCUCCUGCGCGGCGCUGCAGCUCGGCGCGCGGGUGCUCGCCACCGACGCGCCCGAUGGGCAGAGGCUCCAGGCGCUGGCCACCUCGCUUGCGCUGA